GGGCUGUUAGGAAGCGAGAAUAAAGUCAGGCGAACAAAACAGCGGCUGUCCUCCUGCUCCGCAGAAGUGAGGAGGCACCUCGGGGGCAACAUGACGGCGUGGCUGAGCUUCCUCGUCGUGUUCCUCUGCAGCUGGAGCCUGCGGGACUUGGUGGUGGAGGCUUGCACUUGCGUCCCCAUCCACCCGCAGGACGCUUUCUGCAACUCCGACAUCGUGAUCCGAGCUAAAGUUGUGGGGAAGAAGCUCAUGAAAGAUGGACCGUUUGGAACGAUGCGAUACACAGUCAAGCAGAUGAAGAUGUACAGGGGCUUCCAGAUAAUGCCACAUGUUCAGUACAUCUACACAGAAGCCUCUGAGAGUCUUUGUGGAGUCAAGCUGGAGGUCAACAAGUACCAAUAUCUGAUUACAGGCCGUGUGUAUGAAGGGAAGGUUUACACUGGCCUUUGCAAUUGGUAUGAGAAAUGGGACCGGCUGACUCUGUCCCAGCGUAAAGGACUGAAUCAUCGUUAUCAUCUGGGCUGUGGAUGCAAGAUUAGGCCCUGCUACUAUUUGCCCUGCUUUGCCACCUCCAAGAGUGAGUGUAUUUGGACAGACAUGCUCUCCAACUUCGGCCACUCAGGAUACCAAGCGAAGCACUAUGCCUGCAUCCAGAGGGCGGACGGUUACUGCAGCUGGUAUAGAGGAUGGGCGCCUCCAGAUAAAACGAUAAUCAAUGCCACAGAUCCCUGAGCACGCUAUCCCUUCCUUAUCUCCCCUCUCCCUUACUUGUGGCUGAUCUUCCUUUGGACACUAACUCUUACCAGAUCAUGAUGAUGACAAUGAAAUUAGUGCCUGUUUUCAUGCAAAUUUUAGCACUUCGAACACUUAAAAAAGAAAAGGAAAAAAAAAAAGGAAAGAAAAGAAAAAAAGUCUGUGCUACCUUACUGAGUUUGUAAUCACCUUUUCCAUUUUUUGAUACCACUCAUUUUGAUCAGAUGACAUUUGGGAGCUUACUUUUGCACACCAGAGGGAAAAAUGGGAGCGAAAAAAAAAGAAAAAAAAAAAAGAUGGAGCUCUUGCUCUCUUACACGUAUCAUUAGCUGUAGCAAUACAAUCUCUAUUUUUUUAGGAAAACAAAAAUCUAAAAACUGUACCAAUUAGGCACUGUAUUCUUCUAUGCGCUGGCUUCCCGUCACCCCUCCUCAUGCACUAAGUGCUGAAAAUACAUAGACAAAUCUAUCUGAAGGAAAACAGGUUUCAUUAAUCAGAUUGGCAAAUGAAGCAAACUGAAAAGAAACCCGGCCUAAACUCUGGAAAAAAUGACGUCUGAAAGAAAUCCUCCUCUAUGGGAGAGAUUGGUGAUGUGAUUGACUCCAGCAGUGGAAGAAUUCACCUGGUGUGUCUGACCACAUCAUCUGGUAAAAGCAUUGUUGACUGAUUGUCCUAGCUAAUUCAGUCGCAGUGUGAAUGCAACAGCACAUUUGAAGUUCUGGCUUUCCUCAGAACAAAACGGAGAGUAUUUUGUAUUUUUAGUGUUGUUUAAAAAACAAAAGCCCCAUCCCCUAUGUUCAGGGAGGUAAAUCCACCUACAGCAGAGCAGAUGAAGUGCUGUGCCAUCCUGUUUUGAGCAGCAUUGGCCCCUGAAAUUUUUGCAGCGUAGCUUCACCAGCAAAACCAGCUGGUGAACACCUUAAACCAAACAGAUGCAAAAAUACCAACUGUAAAUCAAUCACAUGGAAGAGGGAAAGGGGAGACUUGCUAGAGCUCUUACUAUAAAAAAAUCUAUUGCCAAAAUAGUGUUUUGCUGAACUAAGAUGUAUAUACACAUAAUGACAUAAGCUAUUUUUGACAGGAUGUGGAAUUUUUUUGGUGUUAUAAACAAAAGAAUGGUUUGAUUGUGUUUUAAAGACAGAAAUAUUGACAUUCCAAGUCAGUGAGUUGUUUUUAAGAUAUUGAAGCUCCAGUGUAUCUGCAGUAGUGGCUACAGUCAUUGUUUCCUCUGUACCUCCUUGCACCACGGCUCCUCCCCUGCAGCUACACUAGCUGCAUUUGUUUAUAUAGUGAAAGGAAGUGUGUGUGGGAGCUAGGCAAGGAAAAGUGGUCUCCUAAUAAGUGCUGGCUGGGAUCAUAAAAUUUCAGCUGCCCAGAGGAUUCCUUCUGUGUCAAGUGCUGUGUUUCCCUCUAGGCACUGUUAAGCAUAGCUCUGUGCAUGUGCUCAUACCAUAUCCCGCAGUGAUGUGGGAGGAGGAGCCUUACUGUCUUGUGCUUUGCUGUCGACUGGAGAAGUUUUUUCGUUCUAUUUUGUUUUUUAUUAAGAAAACUAUAAUAUAAUUUUUCUUAUCAAAUAAAAGUAUUUUAAGUUUUAAUGAUGGUGAAGAAGGGGUGCUGACAAAAUGGGUGACUGAGUUUUGGAUGGGGAGGGCUUGGGCAGGGAGAAGAUUAUGCUUAACUUCAUUUUUGUAUUAUUAUGAUUAUUUAUCUUAAGUUUCCAUAUAUCUUCAGUUCAUUCCACUUAGAAAGCAGAGCUGCCACCAGCAGGAAAAAGUGUUGCAGUGAUUCCAGCCCAGGGCGAUACAGCAUUUUGCAGUCAGUGACCUCAACUACUGGAGAGUUGUUUGGGGCCUCUUUGCCAAAUGGAAACGAAAGGGUGUCUGAUGUGGGCCCUGAUGCGUUUUUACGUUCCUUGCGUGCUACCAGAGCUCUGCCAGAUGUACAUCCCCCAAAAUGCCCCAUUUACUAGGUGAAUUGUUGCCGCAAAAAGUGCGUAGCUUCAUUUUUAACAUGAGCUUUAAAGGGGAUUUUCAAAGAGUUGAUGUGAGAGGUGCCUAGGUCUGCUGUGUAUUUUUUUUUCAGCUGCUCUGAGUGGCAAUGCAGCACAAAAUACACUGAAAGUCUCUUGGAUUUUCCUGUGAUUCAGGCUUGGAACACUUUUCAGAAGUCCUCUUCCCUGUGACUACUCCUAAAUUAUGGGUUGGAGAUGAGAGGGAGAGUAGGGUGCUUCACAGCACCCAUCACAGGAUCAGGUGGUGGGUCAGAAUGUUGCCCCUUUUGGCAGAGUAUGGGGUUGGGCUUUGGGCACAGUGGAGCAAUCUCUGUUCGAGCUGUGCACGGCUGACAAAAUCGCUGAAGGUCACUGAGGGCAGAGUGGAGUCGGCCUCGGCACCCUCACUGUUUGCAUUGUGUGGAGUCGGCAUCGCUGGAGAUGGCCCUCCUCAUGCUCAAGGCGACUUCGGAAAGCUGAUGUCACUUUGAGCUGCAGCCACUUUUCACGGUUUUGGAAGGCUAAAUGAAAAUGCCCCUCGAUGCAGUGAAGUGUUGAUUUGAAUUUUCAUUAAACUGCAGCUCUGCAUAUUUUACCUGUCACUGAUUCAUUUAGCUAGCUGAGACAUCACAGUAUUGCACUCAAAUUAUUGUGAAAAUAUUUGCAUUCUAAUGCUAUGAGGACUUGUGUCCCUACAUAGGAUAUAAUGUAGCUAUGUGCUUUGUAAACAACAAAACAGCAGAUGCAUUACCAGAAAAUGAAGCAUAUUCCCAUUUUACAUUGCAGACGGUAAAAUAUUUCUGAGAUGCAGACAGCUAGACCGGUGGGGGUGGGGGUUUGGUAGCAAAUCUUUCCCCUUGCUGUGUAAAGAAACAGUUGUUAAGGCUUUUAAAAAUGUGGAGCCAAAAGGAGGGGGAAGAAUCCAGUAAAAAUACAUUUCUUUUGGGAGGCUUCUUAAUUUUGUUUCUGUGCAUACUAUCAGGGACAUGUAUUUCUUGGGCUACGCUUUAGCUUGUGCUUGCAUCAAGAACCUGACUGAAGGCUCCCUUGAAGUGGGAGGGAGCCAUUAAAUGGAUUGAACAGGCUCUAAAUCAGACUCAAAGACUUCUUCCCUUCUAUCUGCUCUCCUUUCUUCUGUCUUGCUAAGUCACUUCUUCCUGCCAAUAGACAAAACUCUCCCUCAUUACAGCAGGCCAUGCAAUAUGUGGCAACACCAGGCAUGGAGAUGUGAGGAGGCAGGUGUGAAGUUCUCCCCAAAAUGUUAGGCUAUGGAGCAUACAAUGGCAUGCAGCAGCACAAAUACCUUCCUGUCACCUCUGACAUGCUCCUCACUUCACCCCAUAACCUAAGGUCAGAAGAACUGUCAAUGGCACAGCUCAUGUGAGCACGACCUUUGGACAUGUACAGGAUCAGGCCUCCCCC